CAUUUUCAUUUUCGGUGUUGAAAGUUGAUGAAAUUUUUGUAAUUUUUUAUAAGAUAAAUUUUGCGGUAAAAACUGAAAUAUAAACGCAUAAAUUACAUAUUAAUUAAAUAUAUUAAACAUCUACGGAAAAAUAUGUAAUAAUUUAAAUAAAAAUACGGUUUCUGACGGUCUUAAGAGACCGAAAAAAAAUACAAAAAGUAAAAUUGUAGGCAAAAAGAACAGCACGGAUGAAUUUUUUUCUUCAGUUCGGUGAAGAGCAUAUUAAAAAAAAUAUUUUUUUUUACAAGUGAAGAAAAUUAAAUAAAAUCAAUAACGUGAAAAAAACAACAAAAAAUUUAUAAAGUAAAAAGUGAAUAUUUUUGUGCAAUUUUUAAUAAAGAUACAAAUUUUAUAAAGCUAAUGGACAAGUAUUUAAUGUUGAAAAGGCGUAAAAAACAUUUAAGAAUUAAUAAUUGAAACAUCACAUAAAAACUAUAAAAAAGAAACAUUAAUUAAUAACAAUUUAAAAGAAAACAACAAUUUAGAAUGUUUAUAAAAUAUACAACAACAACAUCAACUUUAUAUCAUGUUAUUCUGAAAGAGCAGGUGGUUCAUUGUCAGCUUCAACACUGACUGACUGGCGAACCAUCCCACUAAUGCAUCCAGAUCUUUAAUAACUCUUAACUGAAAAGGAUAUUAAAAAACGCCGUGAAAUGAUAAACAAAUGAUAAAAAAUCUAAAUUACGGCUUAAAAACAGAAAAAAAUAAAAAAGUGAAUAUUUUGACACAAAAUGCACUCAAGCGUAUUCAUAAAUAACGCUUUAAAAUAUUCGUUGGAUAAUAAUUUUGUCAUUAAUAAUAAACAUAAACUGCAAAAAGAACAAUAUUUUCAAAAUCAACAGCAGAGAACGCAACAAAAUAAACAAAACUUAAGAAAACAGCAGAAGGGUAGAGCACUUCUGUUGAGAAAACAACAAGAACAGCAACAAAUACAAGAACGACGUCGACGUUUGCAACCUUGGCAAUUUCAAUUCCUGCUCCCACAGAUAUUUAGAUCCAAAACAACAACUUCAACAGCAAAAAUAAAAUCGGCAAUACAUGCAGCACUAGCAGCAGCAGCAUCAACACGUACAACUUUUAAUUUACCAAUAUCGAGCUAAACAAAAAAAGUUCCUCUCUUGUUUUCUCUCAAUAAUUCUAUGCAAAAGUUGUUCUAAACGUCUACGUCGUUUAAUUCAAAAUAAAACAUACAACAAAAUAAAGAAAUAAACAUUAAAAUACUAAAAAAGUGAAAUUAACAAAAAUAAAACAAAAACACAGCUGGUGUUUAAAAUUGCAAAGCAAAAUUUGUUUAACAAAAUAACGCAAAUCACAAACAUUCUGAAUGAUGGCCGAUCAUAUGGAAGAACCGCCGCAGAAGCGGGUAAAAAUGGAUGAUUUGUUUUUAUUGGAAGAAAAUUUACCCGAUGAGUUAGUAUCUUCUUGGGCUGAUCCAGGUACGGGUGGGCCAAAUGGUCCACCCAAUCAUGGCAUGGGUGUAAAUGUAGUGGGUGGCCCUAAUAAACCGCCGGCACAAGGGCCUGGACCAGGUGGUCCUGGUCCACAAUUAAAUGGCUCAGUCGAUGAUGGCAGUGUUGGUAAUCAAGGUCCAGGCGCUGGUAAUCCCUUAAGACAAAUGCAACAUCAUCAACAUUUACAACAUCUGCUACAGCAACAGGGUAAUAAAAAUCCUGGUAUGGUUGGUAACCCAAUGGGUGCCGGUGGCAUGAACCAAUUGGGCAGCAAGUCACCCAAUCUUCAAUCACCUAACACAGGCGGCAUGCAAGUCAAUGUUGGCCAAAUGUGUGGCAUGGUAAACUCAAUGCCAAUGUCAAUUUCUAAUAAUGGCUCACAAAUGAAUUCAAUGCCAGGCAUGAACACAAUUGCUCAAGGUAAUAUGGGUAAUAUGGUGCUAACCAAUAGUGGUAUGGGUGGCAUGGGAUCGGGUAUGAUAAAACAACAAAUUGGUUCCGGACCAGGUGGUAUGAUGAAUGCUGGACCUGGCGUUGGACCUGUUGGACCCGGUAACAUGGGUCCCGGCAGUGUGGGUGGACCCAAUCAAGGAAUGCAUAUGGGAGGACCAGGUCAUCCACAAGUAAUGCAAAAUGGACCGAUGAUGCGAAUGGUAGGACAACAGCACAUGAUACGUGGUCCAAAUCCACAUCUAAUGAGUGGAAAUGGUCCCGGCGGCGUUGGUGGUGGUGGUCCACGUAUGCAGAAUCCCAACAUGCAAAUGGGUCAAAUGAAUAAUAUGGUUGGUGGCGGUGUUGGCCCGAAUGGACCCUAUGGCGGUGGGGUUGGAGUCGGUGUCGGCAACGUUGGUAACUAUGGUGGACCAGGAGGUCCUCAGGGCGGUAUUAAUGUAAACGCCAAUAAUCCACAACAACAAAUGUUAGCACAACAAAUGGCAGCACAACAUGGAGGUGUACCACCAAAUAUGACGGCUGCUAUGCAACAGGGCAACCGUGGACCUGGCGGUGUUCCCAUCGGUAUGGGUGGUGGAGGCGUCGGCGGUGAUGGCAGUGGUGCUGGUUUAAUCAGCGGUCCUCAGCAACAAAUGAACAACGCUCAAAUGAAUCCUAACCAACAGCAAAACCCACAAGGCGGCUUAAUGGGUCCUGGCGGUAUGGGUAUUCGACCACCACAGGGUGGUGUGGGACCAGGCGGUCCGCAACAAAACGCUAUGAUGCUUCCGCAACAGCAGCAACAACAACAGCAACAAGGUCCAGGAACUUCUCAGCAGGGAGGUAAUGCUGGUGGUGGAGCAGCAGGAGGAAGCGGUACGGGCGGUACAACCAAUCAACAUAUCACGGAUGAGCGCAAAAAACAAAUCCAACAACAACUUAUGUUGUUACUUCACGCCCAUAAGUGUAACCGACGCGAUAGUAUCAACCCGAAUCGUGAGAAAUGUAAUGUUCCGUAUUGUAAGCCAAUGCAGGAUGUUUUAACGCACAUGGCAACGUGCAAACAGAGCCGAGACUGCACUGUCCAACACUGUAUAUCGUCACGUCAAAUUUUGUUGCAUUACAAAACGUGUUCACGUCCGGAUUGCGUAAUCUGUUUCCCAUUCCGUCAGAGUCACGCAUACCAGAACAAUAAUCCAAAUGCAAGCGGAGCUGGUAAUGCUGGCCCGAACAAUGCCAAUCAACAACAACAACAGCAACAAGGCCAACAAAACGCUAAUGACAAACAAGGUCCUGGAGUUAUUGGUCCCCAGCACGUGGGCGGACCGCAACAGACAGGUGGUGUGCAACAAGUUGGUGGUGCUCCAAAUGUUGUUGCAGGAGGAGCGGGAAUGUCUGGUCCGGGAGUUGGUCCCAAUCAGGGUCAAAUGAAUAUGAAAGCCAACACAGAUAUUAAUCAACAAAUGCAAAAUGCCGGCCAAAAUCCGAAUCAGGAAAUUCGCCGUUUCGACAGCAUGGGAAUGCAAGGUGCUGUAGGAAACACCGGUGGUCCCAAUAACAUGCUGCAAGGCAAUUCUGUAAAUCCUCAACAACAGCAAAUGCAAGGUAUUCGGAUGGCAGGUGUACCACAACCAGUACGUGUUAUGUCCGCUCAAGUGGGGGCUCCUGGCGGAGGUGUUCCCAUUGGACCUACAUCCGGUGGUAAUAGUGAUCAAGUCGCCAUGCGCCAAGUUGUAAACAAUUUACUAAUAAGUGGUAGCGGUAAUGGCGCUGUUCCAGAUGGUAUUCAAAAUCAGCAACAACAACAGCAGCAACAAAUGAUGUUGCAGAAUGCAGGACCACGACUCACACCUCGACUAUCCGAUUUACUAAAACCGGGGGCAAAACUACCGACAGAUCCCAAUCAAGUUCAGCAAAAUGCUGUAAAUCAACAGCAGCAGCAACAAUCGAACAUUCCCCUAUCGGUUAAUGUACAUAAUAAUUUUAACAAUGCUAAUUUAAAUACGCUUUUGGGAGGUGGAAAUUCUGGUGAUAUGGGCGGCCCUGUUGCUGGUGGACCACCAAACAAACAGUUAACACCGCAAGAAAUGGCUAAAAUGAAAAUGCAGGUCCAGGCUGGAGGUGUUAAUAGCGGUCCGAACAAUACUCCACCAAACAAUGUGUCGGCGGCAGGAAACACCAACACUCCAGGCGUUAUGAGUGGAGCAGUGUCGAAUGUAGCGGGAAAUAAUGCUGUAUCCGGCGGUGUUUCAGCGAAUGCUCAGAAUGCAGGUGCUCCUGGAGGCAGUGGCGGUAAUAAUGGUGGAAGUGAAGAAAACAAAGAUUGGCGAGAACUCGUUACGGAUGACCUUCGCAAACAUUUGGUACACAAACUUGUUCAAGCAAUAUUUCCUACAUCUGACCCAGCUACAAUGCUAGACAAACGCAUGCACAACCUCGUCUCGUAUGCGGAAAAAGUUGAGAGAGACAUGUAUGAAAUGGCCAAAUCGCGAUCAGAGUAUUAUCAUCUACUGGCUGAAAAGAUCUAUAAAAUCCAAAAGGAAUUGGAAGAGAAACGUCUGAAAAGGAAAGAGCAGCAGAUGCUUCAAAUGCAACAACAGCAACAGGGUGGUGGUGCUGGUGGAGCCGGUCCCAGUAAUGUAGGCGGAGCUGGUGGUGGAGGUGUGGGUUUACCGGUUGGAGGUCAGCAAUUACCUCCAGGACAUCCACAAGCGCAACAGCAGCUACAGCAACAGAUAAGACCCAUGGUAAGUCCCAUGGGUGGAGCUGUUGGUCCGGGCGGACCUGGUCCAAACCAAGGAAUGCCAAUGGGUGCAGCAGGCAUGAUGCAGCAACUAAGAGGCCAAACACCUGGCAAUGUAGGUGGUAUGAUGCCCGGUCAAAAUAUGGCCGGCAUGCGUAGUCACUCUCCCGGUGGAAAUAUUCUGGCAUUACAACAGCAACAACAACGAAUGCAAUUCCCUCAACAACAAGGCAACAUGCUAGUUGGUCCACCUGGUCCUAGUCCUGGCGGCAAUAGUAUGAGCAGUGGCGGCAUACCAACAUCACAGCAAAACAUGGUGGUACCAAACCCAGUUCUUUCUCCAUUUACUGGUCAAGCGAUGCAAGGUCAACCCGGAACAGGCGGUGUUGCAGGAGUUUUAACAAGCCCAAUACCGGGUCAACAACAGCAGUUCAUGAAUUCCAAUGGAGGAACGGGGGCGCAUACCACGCAGCAACUGAAUGAGAUAAUGAAGCAACGAAUGCUGCAACAGCAACAGCAGCAGCAGCAACAACAGCAGCAAAGUGGAAUGCUUUUGCCUCAAUCUCCAUUCAAUAAUAGCAACUCCCAAAUGCAACAACAGAAUACCUUCACAUCACCAAUGUCCCAGCAGCAGCAACAACAACAGCAGCAGAAACAAAAUAUGAUGUCGACUGCCGGCAUGGGAAAUAUGCCUCCAACACCAACAAGUUUAGAGUCGCUAACAGCAGCUAGUGCGGCGGGACCAACUGGGGUAACAAAUAGUACAGCAUCCGCAACAGUAGGUGCCGCAGGCGGCAUGGUAGCGGCACCAAGUCCAUCGCCUAACUUUGCAUCAAACGGACCGCUAGGAACGCCCUUAAAUAAUCCGCCUUCAGUUCCGUCUCUCAUGCAAUCUCUUGGUGAUCGAGGAAGUACACCACCCUUGAAUCCUACAUCUCCCGCCUCUGCAAAUACUGUGCCCACAGGAGUUUCUGGUGCAGGUGGCUCUGGCAGUGGAGUACAACCACCACCACCCACAUCAACACCCACGUCUGUAUCAACAUGUUCGUCGACUGGCUCAACUUCAACAACCACCACAACUACAACAGCGUCAUCAUCAUCAACUUCAUCCUCAACAUCUACUACCUCUAUAACAGCAACAUCGGGAGCAGUAACAGUCACAUCGUCAUCAAUGGCGUUGUCUUCGUCAGCCGAAGCAAGUGUUUCUAGCAACGGCCUUGCACAAAAUCAACAACAAAUGUCUACUAUGGGUAAGGGAAGUGCUGGAACAACUUCUACCUCAACUACCAGUACAUCGUUGUCGUCGACACGUCCCUCAACCAGCAGCAGUAAUAGUCUUUCAUCGCAAAUGGCAGCUCUCGAGGCAGCGGCUCGUGAUAAUGAUGACGAUCCUCCUACAUCUCCGAAUGGGGACUCUCAAAAUGCAGGUGGUGGAAAAUCUUCCAAAGGCAAGUUGGAUUCCAUUAAACAAGAAGAUGAUAUUAAGAAAGAGUUCAUGGAUGAUGGUAGUGGAGGUGAUAACUCGCAACAAGAAUCUUCAGCGGGCGUUGGCAAAAAUGUUAAUAACGAUGGCACUGCCAAAUUAGAAAUAAAAAGCGAGGACGGUGACGUAAAGAUUAAAACCGAACCAAUGGAAGUUGAAGAUUCUAAUGCAAAUGCGGGCGGUACAGAUUCCGCAAUGAGUUCAUCAGGAGGUGAUAAUAAAGAUAAUAUUAAACCGAUGACGGAUGGCAGCAAUGCUAGUGGAGAUGUUAAAGUAAAAACUGAAACUAAACCUGUUGUACCAGAGCCCCUUAUGCCUAAUGCUGGUGAUAAAAAGAAGAAAUGUGUUUUUGACCCUGAAGAACUGAAACAAGCUUUAUUACCGACAUUGGAAAAACUCAUACGACAUGAGCCCGAAUCAGUGCCAUUCCGUUGUCCAGUUGACCCACAAGUACUCGGUAUUCCUGACUACUUUGAGAUUAUUAAAAAGCCUAUGGAUUUAGGAUCAAUACGCAACAACCUUAUGAAUGGAAAAUACAAUGACCCUUGGGAAUAUGUUGACGAUGUCUGGUUAAUGUUUGACAAUGCAUGGUUAUAUAAUCGUAAAUCAUCAAAAGUUUACAAAUAUUGUACAAAGCUUUCUGAAGUAUUUGAACAAGAAAUAGAUCCUGUUAUGCAGGCUUUGGGCUAUUGUUGUGGGCGCAAAUACACAUUUAAUCCUCAAGUGUUAUGCUGUUAUGGUAAACAGCUAUGUACUAUACCUAGAGAUGCCAAAUACUACAGUUAUCAAAAUAGUCUAAAGGAUUAUGGCGUAUCCUCAAACAGAUAUACCUUCUGCCAGAAAUGUUUCAAUGACAUUCAAGGGGACACUGUUACUCUCGGUGAUGAUCCAUUGCAAUCUCAAACUCAAAUUAAAAAGGAUCAAUUUAAAGAGAUGAAAAAUGAUCAUCUAGAACUAGAACCAUUUGUUGAUUGCAUGGAAUGUGGUCGAAAGCAACAUCAAAUUUGUGUUUUAUGGUUGGAUUCAAUAUGGCCAGGUGGUUUUGUUUGUGACAAUUGUUUGCAAAAGAAAGAUUCCAAACGAAAAGAAAAUAAAUUCAAUGCCAAACGUUUACCCACAACAAAACUGGGUAUUUAUAUAGAGACGCGUGUAAAUAAUUUCCUUAAGAAGAAAGAAGCUGGUGCUGGUGAAGUUCAUAUACGUGUGGUAUCCUCAUCGGAUAAGUGUGUAGAAGUGAAACCUGGUAUGCGCAGAAGAUUUGUUGAAAAUGCCGAAAUGAACGCGGAAUUCCCCUACAGAGCCAAAGCAUUAUUUGCCUUUGAAGAGGUCGACGGUAUAGAUGUAUGUUUCUUUGGUAUGCAUGUGCAAGAGUAUGGAUCAGAAUGUCCGGCUCCGAAUACAAGGCGUGUUUACAUUGCCUAUUUGGAUUCUGUGCAUUUCUUUAGACCAAGACAAUAUCGUACAGCAGUAUAUCACGAAAUUCUAUUGGGUUAUAUGGAUUAUGUUAAACAACUAGGUUAUACAAUGGCCCAUAUUUGGGCGUGUCCACCGUCGGAAGGCGAUGAUUACAUAUUCCACUGCCAUCCUACGGAUCAAAGAAUACCAAAACCCAAACGCUUGCAGGAAUGGUAUAAAAAGAUGUUGGAUAAGGGUAUGAUUGAACGUACCAUUCAGGAUUACAAAGAUAUCUUGAAACAAGCCAUUGAAGACAAAUUAACAUCAGCUGCCGAAUUGCCUUACUUCGAAGGUGAUUUUUGGCCCAAUGUUCUAGAGGAGAGCAUAAAAGAGUUGGACCAGGAAGAAGAGGAAAAACGAAAACAAGCAGAAGCCGCUGAAGCAGCAGCAGCUGCUGCCGCAAAUAUUUUCUCAAUGGAAGACACCGAAGUGAGUGGUGAUGGUAAAAAGAAAGGACAAAAGAAGGCUAAAAAAUCCAACAAGUCUAAAGCUGCACAACGUAAAAGCAAUAAAAAAUCGAAUGAACAACAAGCUGGCAAUGAUCUCUCUGCUAAAAUAUAUGCCACAAUGGAGAAACACAAAGAAGUAUUCUUUGUUAUACGUCUUCACUCUGCACAAUCUGCAGCCAGUUUAGCGCCCAUACAAGAUCCUGAUCCAUUAUUAGCGUGUGAUCUUAUGGAUGGUCGUGAUGCAUUCCUUACCUUGGCUCGUGACAAGCACUAUGAAUUCUCAUCCUUGCGGAGAGCUCAAUUUUCGACUUUAUGCAUGUUGUACGAGUUACAUAAUCAAGGCCAAGAUAAAUUUGUUUACACUUGCAACAAUUGUAAAACUGCUGUGGAAACUCGUUUCCAUUGUACAGUUUGUGAUGACUUUGAUUUGUGUACUUUGUGUAACGAAAAGAUUGGUCAUCCACAUAAAAUGGAAAAACUUGGUUUCGAUUUGGAUGACGGUUCUUCACCAGCCGACCAUAAACAAGCUAAUCCACAAGAAGCUCGCAAGCAAUCAAUACAACGUUGUAUUCAAUCAUUGGUACAUGCAUGUCAAUGUCGCGAUGCCAAUUGUCGUCUACCUUCUUGUCAGAAGAUGAAGAGGGUGGUGCAACAUACCAAAAACUGCAAGAGGAAAACCAAUGGUGGUUGUCCUAUAUGUAAACAGUUGAUUGCUUUAUGUUGCUAUCAUGCCAAACAUUGUCAAGAACAAAAGUGUCCAGUGCCUUUCUGUCCCAACAUCAAACACAAACUCAAACAACAACAAUUACAACAAAAAUUGCAACAACAGCAACUAUUACGGCGUCGUGUGGCUCUUAUGUCUCGCACUGUUACCACCCCCGCAGCUUUACCAGGCCCAGCUGGUGCUGGUCCUGUUGUAGGUCCUGGCGGUGUACCAGUAGCGGCUGUAGCCUUGCCAGGCGUUGGUGUAAAUCCUCCUGUGAUGGGUGGACAACCAGCUAUAAUGCCAGCGGGAGCAGGUGCUAUGAGUCCAUCAACGGUACCGGUACCCUCACCAGUGGCUGCACCAAUAGCAGGAGGAGGUAUGACAUCUCCACAUCCUCAUCAGCCUGGCAUUGGCAUGAAACCCGGUGGUGGUCAUUCACCUUCUCCUAAUGUACUGCAAGUUGUUAAACAGGUUCAGGAAGAAGCUGCGCGUCAACAAGUCCCUCAUGGUGGCGGUUUUGGUAAGGGUGGUGCUAUGGCUCCACCGGUUAUGCAACGUCAUCAUAUGGCUGGAUUACCGAACCAACCAAAUCCUGGAAUGGUAGGAAAUGUUGGUAAUGUUAGUGGUGUUGGCAAUGUCGGACAGAUGGGCCCCGGUGGAAGCAAUGUUAUGCUCAACAAUCUGCUGCCAAUGGAUCAGUGGGGUGCAAAUCGAUAUCCGAACAAUGCUAAUCAAGGCAUGCGCCAACCUAAUCAAAAUCAAGUUAUGCAACAAAACGCAAUGCAGCAACAGAAUAUGAUGGGUGGCAUGGUAGGAGCUGGAGGUUCGCAACAAAUGCCCGGUGGUACUGGAAAUAUGCCCGGUAAUACACAGGGUGUUGGCGGUAUGAGUGGUAAUGGAGGCAUGGUUCCUAUGGGUGCAUCGGGACCCAUGGGUGGUCCCGGAGGCAUACGUCCCCAGGGACAACAUCCAAAUGCAGGCGGUGUUGGUGGUUCGGGUCAAAUGCCCAAUGGACCAUUGAACGCUCAAUUAAAUACUCAACAGCUUGCUCAAAUCAUGCAGAAAAUCAAAAAUAAUCCCACCAAUGAAGGUCACCAACAAAUCCUACAAGUUCUAAAACAAAAUCCACAAAUAAUGGCUGCUAUUAUUAAACAAAGGCAACAGAGUCAAAAUAACAAUGCUGGUCAACAAGGAGGUGGAAGUGGUGGUGCUGCCGGAAAUGGUCCUCAACAACAACAGCAGCAACAGCAACAACAACAGGUUAUGCAACAGCAACAACAACAACAGCAAAUGCAACAUAUGAUGAAUCAGCAACAAAUGCCUCAAACCAAUCAACAGCAAGUAAUGAUGCAAGCCCAACAACAAAAUCCUGGUCAACAUCAACGCAUGCCAGGAAUGCAAAAUCCAAUGAUGAUGCAACAACAGCAACAAGGACAAGCCUCCAACUCACAAUGGUUUAAAAUGCAGAUGCGUCAAAUGCCUAAUUAUCCACCACCAUAUAGACAGCGUGCCCCACAACAGAUGGGUGGAGUUGGUACUGGUGGUCAGCAGUUUGGUGGUGUCGGAGGCUUUGGUGGAGCAGGUGGAGGUGUAGGAGGUCCCCCUGGCAACCCAGUCGAUCAGUAUGCGGUUAUGCAACAGGGACUGAAACCUUCACCACAACAGCAGAUGGGAGGUGGUAUGCCUGGAGUUCAGCAACAGCAGAUGAUGCAAGGAGGCGGUGGCAUGGUAGGCGGACCAAAUGUUAUGGGACCACCCACGCCACACACGCUGCAACAACAACUCAUGCAAUCGUCUAGAUCAUCACCGCCCAUUAGAUCACCACAACCCACGCCCUCACCUCGCUCGGCACCCUCGCCUAGAGCUGGUCCCUCAGCUUCUCCAAGAGCACAACCAUCUCCGCACCAUGUAAUGAGCCACUCACCUGCGCCUCAAGCACCUCAUGACGGUUUACACAAUCAUGGAGGUAUGCACCCACAUCAAUCACCAUUGCCAGGCGUUCCGCAAGAUGUCGGCGUAGGUGGUGUUGGAGGAGUGGGUGGCGUAGUCGGUGGUCCCGGAGGCCCUGUCUCUGAUGCAUCCGAUCAACUGACCAAAUUUGUAGAACAACUUUAGUGUAAUUAGCUAAUGGCAGCGGCUCAAGCCUUCCAAUCACCUCCCCAACCCCAACCUCCUCCAUCUCCCCAUAGCAGCCGCUUUAAUAUAAAUCAUCAACAACACCGAUAUUUUUAGAAACGACCCAACUACCCAACCAACCAACUACUUAUUUCUGUAAAAAUACUACACAAAACUAAAAUAUUCAAUUAAUACAAUGACAUUUUAAAACAAAUUUUGUUUUCACUUAAAAAUUUUGUUAAGAUCAUCAAUUCUCUUAGAAAGAAAAGUUUUAAUUGUUUCACUCACAUUUCCCUUAUUUUUUGUUCAACAUUUUUUGUUUGCGUAAUUUAAGUUUCAUACUAUAACAUUUAAAAUGUUUUUAUGAUUAUAAUAAUUUUUAAUACAAUUAAAAAGUUGGAAAAAGUAAUUUUUUUUGUUUAUUAUAAAAAUUUCCAUAGUGGUUUCAGUUCUCAUGCUUUUCCACACAUUAUUAUAUUUUUUUAUUAAUUUGGUUUUGUUUUAAUAUUAAAUGAUAAAAAAUCUUCCUUCCAAACGUAAUUUUAUAAAUAGUUAUACAUUGUUUUCUUUAGUUUUCACCAAAUGAAUACUAUUAAUAAUUAAAUGGCUUAUAAAUAUUAAAAUUAAACAAACACAUUAUUCAUCUAUAAAACAAUACAAUACAACAAUAUAAAUAAAACAAUAUACAUACAUAAACGCCUCUAGCUUUAGUAAACAAAAUAAUUUUUAAUAAACUAAAAUAUUAAUUAAAAUGUAAGUUUUAGAUUCUAGGCAUUUUAUACUUUUCUCUAUAUAUAGUAUAUUAUUAUUAUUAUUUAUAAAUCAUAAGACGAAAAUGUUUAUUUUUAGCACUUUGAGCUAUACAUAUUAAAAACAAAAAAAAAAAACUAAAAAAAAACAAUAACAAAUUGAAAAUAACUUGUAAUAAUUAUAAUUUAAUGAUUAUAGAGAAGAAAAUAUGCUAGUAAUAUGAUAAUUAAUAUACGUGUAUUUAAAAUAAAUUGAUUAAUAUAAACAGCUUUUAAGUAAUUUAAUUAAACCUCCUCCUACCUUCUUACUUCCUUCCUUUCCUCCUUAUAGAUUUGUUAAAAUGAAAAAAGAAACGUUUAAAAUUAUUUUGUAAAUAUCAUUUUUGUUUUACUUUAAGACAAUUAAUGUUAAAUAUAUAAAUACAUAAAUACAACAAAACUAAAAAUGACAAAAAAAAUAAUUUCAUAAAAAAAUCUCGUAAAAAAGUUAAAAAAAUAACACUAACUAUUAAAAUAAAAAAAGAGACAACAAAACCAUAUAAUAUUUAACAUAUACAUACAUAUUCAAAUCCAACAAUAAUAUAAACAUAAUAGUUUACAUAUUACAUAUUAAACAGCAGAUUUAACUUAAGCAAAAAGUUUGCAACUAAACGCAUGUCACAUUACAUGAAAAGUUACCCUGUGAAGUUUUUAAGUACUUACCGAGUUCUAUUCUAUUCUUUUUCUAAACUAAUUUAUUAAUUGAAAUCAUAUUAAAAAAACAGAAACAGAAAUUGUUUGAAAUUUUUAAGUUUGCUAAACAUUUUAUAAAAGAAAAGAUUUUUAUUAAUAUUAAACAAGUUUUAAAAUUUACAAAAUUAUAUUAAAAAUUUCAAAAUGAUUUUAAUCAACUAGUUUUGCUAACUAAUGUUAACAAUACAAUUUCAAUGGCAUUCUUAACAGGGAACAGACUAUUUGUAAACAUGACAAUUAUCCAAACAAAAUCCGCAACUCUCAUUUGUCUACAUAUGUCUCCAUCAUUGUGUAUUUAACCCUUAAUGAAAAACAAACUGCCGUGUUUUAAUUUUGUACAUUAGUAGUUAUAAAUAAAAACAAAAAUAACAACAACACACACUACAUUCUACGGAUAUAUUAAAUAAAAUAAAAAAAAAAAAAAAA